ACAGCCGCAGUGUGUUGGUUUAGUUCAUACAAGUAUGGCCUCAAAUGAUACUGAACUAGAACAGAGGAGAUUUCCAGAUGUCGAAAAACAGGAAAAGGAAUCGCUCAACAAUAACGGAACUGUUGAAGGGUUUGAAAGGGAACAUUGGUCACAUCAGAUGGACUCCAUGUUUUCAUUGAUCGGUUAUUGUGUUGGUCUGGGCAAUAUCUGGAGGUUUCCUUAUUUCUGUAUGCGGAAUGGCGGUGGGUCAUUUCUGCUUGCCUUCCUCUUUUUUCUCGUGGUAUGUGGACUGCCGAUGUUUUUCCUGGAUUUAGCCAUCGGACAAUUCACAGGAAAGACAGUCUUACAUUCCUGGGAAGUUUGUCCGUUGUUAAAAGGGAUAGGCCCGGGGGUGUUGCUGGUGAAUACUGUCAUCAGUACGUACUACACGACUAUCAUCGCCUGGACCCUGUUCUACCUGGGGAAAAGUUUCUACAGCCCCCUACCCUGGACAACGUGUGACAACAGCUGGAACACCAACAGUUGUAUCGCCGAUACUGUUCCGUCAGCGUCCGUCACCAAUACAACUAUGUACUUGCCACACGCUUUCGCAUAUAACUGUUCGACUAACGUAACCAAUUCACCGCAGACCAUGGUUACUUCGGGAGAAGAGUUUUGGCAACGCGGCGUUCUAGAGUUAUCAUCCGGUAUAGAGGAUCUCGGAGGUAUACCCUGGCAUCUGUGUGUGAGUUUACUAGCAGCCUGGGUCAUACUAUUCCUGUGUCUGGCGCGAGGGAUUCACUCUUCAGGAAAGGUUGUGUAUGUUACCGCCAGUCUACCGUACAUUUUGUUGACCGUCCUUCUGAUCAGGGCUUCUUUACUACCCGGGGCAGGUGACGGUGUGUUGUAUUACAUUACCCCGAACUUCAAACGACUGGGAGAACUACAGGUUUGGUUAGAGGCAGCUAUUCAGAUGUUCUAUUCACUGGGUCCAGCCUGGGGUCCCAUUGUAACACUAGCCAGUUACAACAAAUUCAACAACAAUUGUUACCGAGAUGCUAUCAAACUGACGUUGAUUUGCGAGGGGACCAGCAUUUUUGGAGGAUUUGUAGUCUUUGCUGUGCUAGGCUAUAUAGCACAUGACACAGGAAAGGACAUAUCAGAAGUAGUAACAUCAGGACCAGGACUUGUUUUCAUGACCUACCCAGAAGCGUUAUCCAAGCUGCCUCUACCAAAUCUCUGGUCGGUCCUGUUUUUCCUGAUGAUUCUUAGCGUUGGUUUAGAUACUCAGUUUACUAAUAUGGAGACCAUUGUAGCAGCCAUAAUAGACGAGUUUCCAGCUCUACAUCGGAGGCGAGUCGUCGUGCACUUACUGUUAUGUAUAGGCUGGUUUCUGUUUGGACUGAUUAUGAUUUCUCAGGGCGGGAUGUACGUGAUUUUUCUCCUCGACUGGUAUAUAGGACUUGUUAUUCCCGUGUUCGGAUUCCUUGAAUGCGUUAUCAUAGGCUGGAUAUAUGGAAUACGGUUCUCCCGUGACGUCAGUAUGAUGAUUGGCUAUGGUAUUCCCGUACUCAUGCGGAUAGCAUUGUGCCUGAUCGUGCCAGCUAUGCUUUUGUGUAUUGCCGCGUUUGCGUUUGGGUCGUACAAGCCACCUACCUACGGCGUGUAUCACUAUCCACAGUACGCUAUCAUAAUAGGCAUUGUGAUAGGAGCUCUUCCGUUCCUACUGGUGAUCGUCCUGACGUGUUUCGCUGUUAAACGUGCAAAAGGAAAAACGCUAUGGGAG